GGGGCACGGAGGAGCCGGUGACAGUGCGGGAUGUCGGUGACGGAGUCUACGAGUGCGAGUACCUGCCCCGCGUGCCCGGCACCUACCAGGUGUCCAUCACCUGGGGGGGCUACGCCAUCCCCCGCAGCCCCUUUGAGGUGCAGGUGUCCCCCCAGCCGGGGGCGCAGAAGGUCCGGGCUUGGGGGCCGGGGCUCGAGGGCGGGGUCGUGGGGCGCCCUGCAGACUUCGUGGUUGAAGCCAUCGGCACCGAAGUGGGGACCCUUGGGUUCUCCAUCGAGGGCCCAUCCCAAGCGCGCAUCGAGUGUGACGACAAGGGCGAUGGCUCGUGUGACGUGCGCUACUGGCCCACCGAGCCCGGGCUCUAUGCUGUGCACGUGGUUUGUGACGAUGAGGACAUCCGCGACAGCCCCUUCAUGGCUGACAUCCGCCCUGCUCCCCCUGACUCCUGGCCUGACAAGGUGCUGCGUUCUAUGGCAAUCCAUAGAUCCCCCAUUGUGCCUCCCCUGUGA